CGUCGCCCUCAGCAGACCUGCAGUCAGUGUGUUCACACACAGCCCGAGGACAUGCUGCUGAUCCUGCAUCGGUUUCCCGCUCCCAGAGGCUGCUCGUGACUCCACUGAGCGCCGUGAUGGGCCUGAGGGGCCCCGGGGCCACUUCAGUGUCUGCGCGCUCGGGUUGCAGAGGACUCGGUCUCUGGAGUCCAUAUGAGAGGGGACAGCGGUGGUGGAAACACUAUGAAGGUUCAGGGUCCGGUCUGUGAAGGUCUGAGGGCGCCGCGCUGAGAGUCAUGGAUCACUGGUUCAGGAGGAAGCGAGUCGGUCUGCUGAAGCCGCUCCUCAGUCUGUCUUUGGUCUUUGCGUCUUUUCUGAUGAUCCACAAGCUGAAGCUGGCGGAGAAGGACGGACUAGGACUCAAACACACCAGGGAGGCCGGCUGGUGUGGAUCAGACUGUUUCUCAUUCAAAAAGGGGGCCGUUAAAACGGGUCCCGGGAGCUCGGACCCUCCGGUGCUUCACAGCGACCUGGAUGCGCAGCGUGUCUCCAACGGGACUCCGGCGACCUGGGACGCGCAGGUUCUCAACUGCAGCGAGGAUGCGUCGGUGAGGACCCAGGACUGGUUCCGGCGACUCGACCCGAGGUUUCACCAGUUCGUGCUGCACAGACACUGCAGGUACUUCCCCAUGAUCAUCAACCACCCGGAGAAAUGCGCGGACGGAGAGGUCCACCUCCUUAUGGUGGUCAAAUCCGUUAUCGAGCAGCACGACCGGCGGGAGGCGGUGCGCAGAACCUGGGGUCGGGAGCACACAGUGGACGGGAAGAAGAUCAGAACCCUGUUCCUGCUGGGGAGCCCGACGACCGGGAAAGACACCAAGAACCUCCAGAAACUGAUCGAGUACGAGAACCGGAUCUAUGGGGACAUCCUGCAGUGGGACUUCAUGGACACGUUCUUCAACCUGACCCUGAAGGAGGUCAACUUCCUCAAGUGGUUCGACAUCUACUGCUCCGGAGUCCGGUUCAUCUUCAAGGGGGAUGAUGAUGUGUUUGUGAACACGCAGAACCUGCUGGAGCUCAUCGGCUUCAAGGUGGAGGAGCGCAGAGACGCGAACCUGUUCGUGGGAGACACCAUCUCCAAGGCGAUCCCGAUCCGGAACCGGCAGAGCAAGUACUACAUCCCCAAAGAGCUGUACGACAAGCCGUACCCGCCUUACGUCGGCGGAGGGGGGUUUCUGAUGUCCUCCCAGCUGGCCCGGAGGCUCUUUGUGGUCUCGGAGGACCUGGAGCUCUACCCCAUAGACGAUGUGUUUCUGGGGAUGUGUCUGCAGAAGCUGCACCUGUCCCCGGAGAUGCACGCCGGGUUCAGGACCUUCGGCAUCACCAGGCGCAGGGUGAGCCCCAUGAACAGCGAGCCCUGCUUCUACAAAAACCUGAUAGUGGUUCACAAGCUGAGCGCGCAGGAGCUGAUCCGGAUGUGGAACGUGGUCCACGACGAGGACCUGGUCUGCGCGCAAAGGACUUCAAUAUGACAGACUGUCGGUUCAUAUAAAGUUAUUGAUUUACCAAAGCUGAUCAUGUUUUUAAUCAUAUAUCGAUCACACACAGGCAGGUCAUACAUACUGUUAUUUGCCAUCAAACAGUUUAUUGGUUUCUCUGCUGGCUGAUCAGACUUCACAUUAAAACAUUCUGUAAAUCAGAUUAAAACAGAAACUCUGCUGCAGUGAACUGAACAGGUCGGAUUGAUUUCCUCUUCACUACUUUGACUUUUCAUCUCAUGAAACCAAACCACUUCCACACGGCUCCACAGAGCGAAGGACAGUUUCCAGGUUUCUGGUUCUUUGGUGCCAUUUCAGAGUCUGAUCCUGAGAGCUCUGCUGUGAUAAGAUUCGCAGCUGAUGAUGGUGUUUUUCUGUGAAGGAAGUAAAACUUUCUAUAAACAGCUGAUUAUAUUGUCACAGUGACCUGAUGGACUCGGAUCAAACACCUGCAGUCAUGGAUGAUUAUUCUGUAGGAAACUGACACUGUAAAAAUGAAAUGAUGAAUUUAAGUUAAUAUAUUGUUUUAUUUGUGAAGUGAUUUUCAGAGACAAAAACCAAAGAGACUCAAUGACUGUAAAACUGUAGAUUCAUGUAUCAUAUUGUAAAUAAAACUUUGUCAACUUUGUAAAUACAGAA